AUGUCAAUGGAAUCUCGAGUUCGAGAUUUGUUGCAAGUUUUGGAGCCAAGCCAUUUGGUCGUUAUUGAUGAAUCUGACGGAUGCGGAGCAAAAAUUAAAGUAGAAAUUGUUUCCGAGCAUUUUAAUGGAAAAUCGACAUUAAAUUGUCAUAGACUCGUCCAGGAGAAGCUCGGAGAUACUCUCAAAGAAAUCCAUGCCAUUACAAUCCAGGCGUACACACCGGAAAAAUUCGCCGCACGGCAAUCUUCCUAA